AUGGCAGCCAACGCCACUCCUUCGGGCGCUCAGCCUACUGACACUGAGAACCAGUACGACCUUUUGCCGCGACUGAUCCCCUACCUGGACCGCCACCUUGUUUUCCCGCUCCUCGAAUACUGCGCUGGUAACGAUGAGGACGACACAGAGAUCACCCGGGCCAAGUACGAGCUCCUGAAGCACACCAACAUGACCGACUACGUUGCCAAUCUGUGGAAGGAAAUCAACAACUCCGAGACCAUUCCCGAUGAGUUUGUCAAGAAGCGCGAGGAGGUUCUGGCCCAACUGGAGCACUUCCAGGACCAGAGCGAGAAGAUCACCGAACUUUUGCAGGAUGAGGAAGUAGUAGGCAACUUGCGCAGUGACAAGGCUGCCAACUUGCGUUUCCUUGAGGAGCAACACGGUGUCACCACCGAGAUGGUCAACACCCUCUUCGACUACGGCCGACUCCAGUACAGCUGUGGCAGUUACGGUAACGCUGCUGAGCUGCUUUACCAGUUCCGUGUGCUUUCGACCGACAACGAUAAGGUUGCCGCUGCCACCUGGGGUAAGUUGGCUUCUGAGAUCCUCACCACCAACUGGGAGGCUGCUAUGGAGGAGGUGCAGAAGGCCAAGGAUUCGAUCGAAACUCGCCUGUUCAACAACCCGCUGGCCCAGCUUACCAACCGAUCUUGGCUCAUUCACUGGUCUCUGUUCCCCUUCUUCAACUACGACCCCGCCCGCGAUGUCCUGACCGACCUCUUCUUCUCCCCUGCCUACAUCAACACUAUCCAAACCAGCUGCCCGUGGGUUCUGCGUUACCUCGCUGCUGCCGUCAUCACCAACCGCAGCCGUCCCCACAAGCACACCGGUGCCUACCAGAAGCAACUGAAGGAUCUUAUCCGUGUUGUGCGCCAGGAGGGCUACGAAUACACCGACCCCAUCACCGACUUUGUCAAGGCCCUCUACGUCGACUUUGACUUCGAGGAGGCUCAGAAGAAGCUAGGUGAGGCCGAGGAGGUGCUCCGCAGUGACUUCUUCCUUGUUUCUGCCGCCGAUGCUUUCGUUGAGGCUGCCCGUCACCUCAUCUCUGAGAGCUACUGCAAGAUCCACCAGCGGAUCGACAUCAAGGAUCUUUCUACUCGUCUCGGUCUGAGCCAGGACGAUGGUGAGAAGUGGAUCGUCAACCUCAUCCGCGACACCCGUGUUGAUGCCAAGAUUGACUACAAGGAGGGCACCGUGAUCAUGAACCACCCGCCCCAGUCUGUUUACCAGCAGGUGAUUGAGAAGACUAAGGGUGCAUUCUUCCGGACACAAGUCUUGAGUUCGGCCGUUGCCAAAUGA